AAGGGCGGCUAGAUAUCUCGUAUUUAUACCAAUGCUGCCAAAUGCUCAGGCUCUGAGUCGGCUGCUGCAUGUUGAACCUCACCGGCAUCCUCGCCAGAGCGGCUCGCGGCAUCGCGAAGUUGUAGUAGCUCUACGCUCACAAAGCAGUCCGACGCGCAGAGAGCGCGAUGCUGCAACACGUGCUAUUUCGAUACUCAGACAGAAGAAUGCAAGUUAUUACCAAUAGUUCUGGAUCUCACAGGCCGGCAUCAGCGGAUUAAUAUACCACUGAUUUGGGCUUG